CUUGGAAGUCCUCUUCUCAUGAUCCGCCAUUAGCAAGAGGCUUGUGGUGGAUUCGAUUGCAAAAUGCAGAUUUUCGUGAAAACCCUUACGGGGAAAACUAUAACCCUUGAGGUUGAGCCUUCUGAUACCAUCGAAAAUGUCAAGGCCAAGAUCCAAGACAAAGAAGGUAUCCCGCCCGAUCAGCAGAGGUUGAUCUUCGCUGGGAAGCAGCUGGAAGAUGGACGUACUCUGUCUGACUACAACAUUCAGAAGGAGUCCACUCUGCACCUGGUGCUGAGGCUGCGAGGUGGUGCCAAGAAGAGGAAGAAGAAGUCCUACACCACGCCCAAGAAGAACAAGCACAAGAGGAAGAAGGUCAAGCUCGCUGUGCUCAAGUACUACAAGGUUGACGAAAACGGCAAAAUCCACCGCCUGCGGCGCGAGUGCCCGGCGGACGAGUGUGGCGCCGGCGUCUUCAUGGCCAGCCACUUCGACCGGCAGUACUGCGGCAAGUGCUGCCUCACUUACUGCUUCAGCAAGCCCGAGGACAAGUGAGACCAUGGACUGUAACCAAUAAAGCCUCCACCACCCA